CCCCCCCCCCCCAGCCUCUCACUCUCUCGCUCUCUUUCUGUCUCUUCCUCGCUCCCUCUCUUUCUCUCCUCCCUCUGCCUUCCCAGUGCAUAAAGUCUCUGUCGCUCCCGGAACUUGUUGGCAAUGCCUAUUUUUCAGCUUUCCCCCGCGUUCUCUAAACUAACUAUUUAAAGGUCUGCGGUCGCAAAUGGUUUGACUAAACGUAGGAUGGGACUUAAGUUGAACGGCAGAUAUAUUUCACUGAUCCUCGCGGUGCAAAUAGCUUACCUGGUGCAGGCCGUGAGAGCUGCAGGCAAGUGCGAUGCAGUCUUUAAGGGCUUUUCAGACUGUUUGCUCAAGCUGGGGGACAGCAUGGCCAACUACCCGCAGGGCCUGGACGACAAGACGAACAUCAAGACCGUGUGCACAUACUGGGAGGAUUUCCACAGCUGCACGGUCACAGCUCUUACGGAUUGCCAGGAAGGGGCGAAAGAUAUGUGGGAUAAACUGAGAAAAGAAUCGAAAAACCUCAACAUCCAAGGCAGCUUAUUCGAACUCUGCGGCAGCGGCAAUGGGGCGGCGGGGUCCCUGCUCCCGGCGCUUUCCGUGCUCCUGGCGUCUCUCUCGGCAGCUUUAGCGACCUGGCUUUCCUUCUGAGCGCGGGACCAGGUCCCCCUACCCCCACCCCCGGCGCACCCACCCACACUCACUUCAUGCUCCCGGAAAUCGAGAGGAAGAGCCGUUCGUUCUCUGAGGACGUUUGUGAUUCUCUGUGAUGUUGAAAACACUCAUAUGGGAUUGUGGGAAAUCCUGUUUCUCUUUUUUAUUUCGUUUGAGUCCUUGUAUUUUAUUUACCAAAUGUUACCGAUCAGUGAGCGAGCAAGCACAGCCAAAACCGGACCUCAGCUUUAGUCCGUCUUCACACACACAAAAAAAGAAAACGGCAAACUCACCCCCAUUUUUAAUUUUUUUUUUAUUUUUUAUUUUGGCAAAAGAAUCUCAGGAAUGGCCCUGGGCCACCUACUAUAUUAAUCAUGUUGAUAACAUGAAAAAUGAUGGGCUCCUCCUAAUAGGAAAGCGAGGAGAGGAGAAGGCCAGGGGAAUGAAUUCAGGAGUGGUGUCCACGUGGGAAGCAUCUGGUGAAUACUCACACUCACGUCUUUCUUCCACAGUACCUUGUUUUGAUCAUUUCCACUGCACAUUUCUCCUCCAGGAAAGCGAAAACACACAGUGUGGGCUUUGCAUUUUAAGGGCAAGACAGAUAAAAA